AAAUGGGUGAUAAAAUCGAUCUUGGAGAUCAAGAAGAAGAGGAAGAGACACUUUCUCUCAGCAAUCUUCCACUAGCCACCCAUGAACCCAACGCCAAAGAUUUUUCCAGACUCAAAGAACGCCGAUCAUCAUCCCAACCCACCGACUUCUUCGAGUUCUUCAGCGACCUCAAUGCCGAGAUGUCUCAUGCAGAAGACAUCAUAUUCUGCGGUAAACUCAUACCUCUCCAAGAACAAUCUCUCCCCAACAUAACCCAUAAACCUCCCACCGGAGAAGACAGGAAACCACAAAGCUUUUGUCGUCGGCGAUCGGAAUCAUCGCCGGAGUUAAAGACUAGUAGUAGUACUUCUCGAUCCAACAGUACAAAAACAAUCCAAAUGAGGAGUAGCCGGUCUCUGGAUUACCAAAAACUACGUAGAAAUUCAAGCUUAAGUUCCGAUACAUCGGAAAUUCAUCGAAAUUCCUCGGUGAAAAGAUCGGAAAAGUUUGAGUUUUGGGGUAUAAAGCUAUUGAAACCAAGGUGGCAUGCUUUGAUGUUUGGGCUUGUAAAGUUUCCGCCGGAGAUGGAUCUCCGGGACAUGAAGAACCGGCAGUUUCGUCGGAAUCCGGGGACUAUGUUUACUAUGCCUGACGCCGGAAAGAAAGUUCCGGUGAGGCGGAGUGACCGGAAAAGCUCUUGGGGACUGCUUAGGGUGUUGGGCUGUGUAGAUCAUAGUAGUGUUGAGAUAACGGCGUCGUUUGGCUGCAUGCCACAAGGUUGA